CGUUCAGUUUGUAAAGAGAUUUGACCAGAAUUGGGUGUGCUUAAAUUCAAAGUGAUAAAUAUUUAGCAUUUAUUCGAGUUCUGAUUGCAUUUAGCAAAGAAAAAAGUUUGUUCGCUGUAUAAAAAGGAAUUGAAUUAACUUGUGUUAAAUACGGAAGGAUAAGCAAAUCCUGCUAGAAAGUGUAUUUCACGCAUACAGUUGUUAAGGAGAAACAGGAAUUUAAAUUUUUUGUACAAAGGAUAGGACAAAAACCGAACACAGUGCAAAAGGAAGAGAAGAAAAAAUUAGCAAACGAAAUCCAUUACGAGAAAAAUCGAUAAAAAUAGAAUCAAAUCGGAAGCCCGUCAUAAAGGCAAAAGCAAAAACAAAAACGAAUAGUCGUGACGACGAGAGGAGCGCUACAACAACAAAAUAACGAACAACACAACGUCGGCCAAAGAGCGCAUAGUAAGAAACGUGGUAUAGUGAAGGAAUUUGAAAGUAAAAUAGACAAUAUAGUUGAAAUAAUUCUUACGCGCUCACAAAUAUAAUCCUCGCGCGCAAAACGUUGUAAGAGAUAAGUUGAGAUUUUUUAAAUAAUGCGGUGAGGAGUACACCUAUAAGGGAAAGGAGAAAAAUCAGCUGAUCGGUUUUAGAGUUGUAACGGAGGAGAACGAGAAACGUUUCUCCUGCUACCGGUAAGGAGAACGUUACCCACAUAAAAAAGAGCAAAAUUUGCUACAGCUGUCCAAUCAGCCGUAAAAAUAGCCAAAGCACAAAACGUCAACAAGAGAGUGUUGAAUUUGUAAUAUAAACAAAACCGGAAAAAAAUAUCUACAAAUUUAAGCCAAUCAAACCAUACAGCGUAUGUAAACAAAUGUGCAUAUAAUCAAAAAAUUAAGAAAAAUAAAGAAAUAUAUCAUUCAUCAUUUAAAUACUACACAGUUUUGUUAAAGUUAUUACAAAAUAUAAUUGUUGUCGUCGUAAACUAUACAAUAUACAUACAUAUUUGUAAAUAAACAUUACAAAUUCCUGCUACAAAUCAGCAAAAAGUGGCUAAAGUGAUACACACAUAAAGAUUAUUGAAAUAAAACAAGUACCUAAAUUUCUAAUAAUUCACGAGUGCGGCAAAUUAGUAUGGGCACAGAAACCAAAUUCAACAGUUACAAGGAGAACACCACUGCAACGACUGGUAGUGUUUUUCGUCCGAAAGUAGCGCACAAUGGUUCGUCGGCAACAGCAAUAGGUGCCGGUGUUGGUCAAAAGUUGCAUUCAUCAAAUGGUGCAUUGAACUCUAAACAACAACAGCAUAGCGAUAUCACCAACGGCAGCUCUGUAACUCCAGUUUUUGUACCCAUACACAUUGGCGACGACGUAAUUAGCGGUGCCAAAGAGGUGCUGAAAGUGAUAAGACCACAGUGGAAUAUUAGCCAUGUACAAUUUAAAAAAUUCACCGAUGGCAUCACAAAUAAGCUUGUCGGUUGCUUCUAUAAUCCUCCACAAACCACCACCACCACAGCAACAACAACAAACAACAAUGGCAAUGAAAUCGACACAGGCAGCGCAUAUGGCAAUGACACGCCCAACUCACCCUCAACUUUGGCAUCGUCCACACUGUUGGACGACAACAAUGACUCGGGCAAUAUCAGCGAUACGGAUACAUUGGAUUCAGAGGUGACUACGUCGAGUGCACUUGACAUAGAUAAUAGUCAUAAUGCCAGCUGUGCUGUGAAUACGAAGGAUGAAAGUCACAACAACAGCAGUUCGAUCAGUGAUAGCAAUGUAGCACUGGUGCGUGUCUAUGGUAAUAAAACCGAUCUGCUGAUCGAUCGCAAAGCCGAGACACGCAACAUACUGCUGUUGCAUACGUACGGUUUUGCGCCGACACUGUUUGCAACAUUCAAAAAUGGUUUAGUUUACGAUUUUGUACCUGGUGUAACAUUGAAGCCAACUAGUGUUUUGGAGCCGAAGAUUUGGCGUUUGGUAGCCACACGCAUUGCCGAGAUGCAUCGUCGCGUGCAGGUGCAGGAGACGCCAGCUGCUGAAGUGGUGCCAAUGUUGUGGCAUAAGACGCAAAGUUUCUUCGAUUUGGUACCUGAACGUUUUAGUGAUCCCGAGAAACACAAAAGAGUUGAGGAAACUUUCUUGCCCAUAAAACGUUUACGCGACGAAUUCAGCGCGCUAUACAGGCGGCUCGAGCGCCUGGGCAGCCCCGUGGUAUUCGCCCACAACGAUCUGUUGCUGGCCAAUAUUGUCUACUUGGAAGCAGAGCAGCGUGUCAAUUUCAUUGACUACGAAUAUGCCGAUUACAAUUUUCAGGCAUUCGAUAUUGGAAAUCAUUUUUGUGAAUUUGCCGGCGUUGACGAGGCGGACUUCUCACGCUAUCCCAAGCGUGAUUUUCAACUUGCUUGGUUACGUGUCUAUCUGCAGGAAUAUCUGCAACGCUCCGACAUCACCGACGCCGAAGUGGAACGUCUGUACUUGCAGGUGAACCAAUUCGCGUUGGCCGCGCACAUGCUCUGGACCGUCUGGUCGCUCAUACAAGGGGAACAUUCCAACAUCGAUUUCGAUUAUGUCGAAUACGCUCACAUACGUUAUGCGGAGUACAAGAAGCAUAAAUCCGUAUUAGGCUUGGAGGAUGAAGCGGCAGCUGAGGACGACGUUGCGGCGGCAAGUUAAGUUUACCAUAUGCACACAGCGCAUCCAAACACGCCCGCGCGCCUGCCAGCUGCUAGCUGCUGAGCUGAGCAUGAGAGUUUAACUCGAAUGCUUGCUGGCAGUGGCUGAAAUUUUAACGAAUCCGGUGUUAUGAAGGCAAUCAGGCGAAAUCUGCGCAAAUAAUACAACAACAACGUUUAGUUAGCAACGUUUAUUUCAACUCGAUACGUGUGUCUAAUAGCUUGAUAGAGCAGACAUAAGCAAAAGUUUGUAUAUUCACGUAAAUUCGUUUCGUAGUCGUGCUGCAUGUGUGUGGCGUACGGUGCAUAGGUCGUAAAUAACGGUGAAAAAUUAAGUUAUUUAAUUUUGAAAUUGAAAAACAAAAAACAUUCCGCAAGCAUUAAUUAUUUAAAUACGAUUUUUAUGUAAUACAAAUUGUAAUUAUAAAAUAUGUUAAAGAUAUUGGAAAAAAUAGCAAACAAACAAACAAAUAGAAAAUAGUAAGCCAGAAAAAGUGUUGACAACGCAUUGUGAUUUGUUUUUAGUCUAGUUCGCGAGCAUUAUCGUUUUAAUUAUUAUCUAAACAUAAUCUCAUUAUCCAACAGCAUAGAGCACUUUUAAGUGUUGAAUAAAAGGGUAGCUGUCUACAUGCUGAAGCCACAUUUUCUUCUAAACGGCAGUUUUGUGUUAGUAGAGUAUCCCUAAAGAGAAAUUAACUUAUAAUUGGCGAAAGCCUGGUCUUUUCCGAACUAGUUUCAGUGCGAAACUGCUUGCUACGAACUAGUCUGCUCUGACUAGUUAUAUUACAGUCAGCCAAUUCUAGUAGCAAACUGGUGUAUUCGCCACAAUUUAGAUUUCAGUCACGAAUUUCUCGUUGCAAACCAGCAUUUUUUUGUUGAGUAAGAUAUUUUUUGCUGUAGGAAAAUAUUUCUUUUAAUAUUAACUGCACGUUAACAUUUAUUUGCUAACCUUACUUUUCUAUCGCAUAAAAAAUACAUACUUUAACUACUUAAACUAUCAUUAACUUGAGUUAUCUAUAGUUUUAUUUCAUAUUAUAAAAUUAUAUUUGCUGAAGUGGAGUUUACGUGACGAUUUGAAAAUUUACUACGCAGUUAAUGGAGGAAGUAUAGUUUAAUUGGCAAAAAUUGUGCGGAAAAGUAUUGAAAGCAAUAAUAAAAACUAACAUUUAUAAUGUUUAAUAAAUUAACUUAGCUCUUUCUAAAGUUACAUAUUUAUGUUGAAUGCAGUCGUUAAAACCGUGUCAUAAUUUUAUAUCCCAAAUAAAAUUAAAAAAUAUGUAAUUUCUAGCCAAAUUAAUCCAUGUGUUGUUCAGAGAAUCUAAAACCGCAAUAAUUUCCGGUUUUUGACACAUUUGUCGAAUAGUUCUAUACUAAAGUUGUAUUUAACGUAUUUCACUUUUAACUCGUGACAUUUAGUGCUGAAAAAAUAUAGCCAGCGUUUUAGUAAAUUUGCACUACUGAACUAAAAUAGAUUUAAAGAUUAAAAGCUUUAUAUUUUCUUGAAAAAUCAUUACAAAAUAUUGAAAAAACCCAAAAUUUGCUAUAAUCUUUCACUGUAAAACUAAAAUAGAGUUAUGGCAGACAACCUUCCGAUUUUUUUUUUAAUAAAAAAAGAUUUUUAUAUAAUAUUUUAUUCUUAAAAAUGUUAAAUAUUUAUCCAAAGCGGGUUCUAAAAUUUCAAUACUAAAGAAAUUUCAAAACUUUUAUCUUUAUCUAACCUUGAAAUUUACAAAUUUUGCGAUAGAAUAACUUUGAGUGGUUAAUUUUUUUAAUAUUUUAUUUAAAUUUAAUUUCACACUUUUAUGCUAAAUUUUCAAUUACUAAACUUUUGUUUUGUUCAUUAAGUAAUUUCGUUUCUUUAAUGCAAUUUAAAAAACUUUUUUGAUCGUGUAAAACAUUUUAUGAAAUUAUACCAUAUAUUCUACAUUUUGAAUCUAUGCCUUCUUUUGCCAUCAUAUACAUAUAAUAUAUUUAUAAACUUUCAUAAACGAAAUUAAUAUUCUUCAAGUUUUGAAUAAUGUUAAUGUUAGAUACUCUUUCUUCUUUACUGGCGUAGACACCGCUAGCGGUUAUAGCCGAGUUACGAUUAGAUAACCUUUAUCUCUUGUAAAAACAAAUAAGCAAGUCUAAAAUACCUGAAAUUUUGCAAAACUCGCUUGAGUCUCUAAAUAACCUAAAAAAGAAACGUUUUACCAAAAAAACUUGUAUUCAACAAAAUUUAAAAAGUUCUUAAGUGCAACACACUAGUUCAGUGUUAUCUAAGAUUUCCUUCAAAACCACUUUUUUCUAAACAAAUUAUAAAGAUUUUUAAAUAAAACUUGUAAAAACUUAUAAAACGGACAGAUGUGGUGGUGAUAUGUGCAUUGCUAGUAGUGUGACAAUUCAAUUUUGCUGUUAUUGCCGUAGAAAACAUCCCCAAAGUAAUUUCUAGGAAUGCUGGAGUUGACAAUCCUUAGCCGGAUAACACUUCACACAAACUAACGGUCUAUAGCGCUCUUUCUAGUUCAUUUCACCCAGCAUUUUUGUACGAUUUUUUUGGUGUAAGGGUUUCUAAAUUUACCACUUAUUUUGCAUAAACCAUAGUCUUUUUGAAUUUAUUCUUAUAGAAAUGCUGCUAUAUUCCAAAUAAUACGGCAUUUCAAAAUAUAUUCUAAAUAUACUGCAUUUCUCAAUAACAUCACAAUUUAUUUCAAAUUAUUAUGAUAUUCUAUACUAACAAAUAAAUAACUUGUGAAACUUGUUUAGCCAUUUCGAACUUUCGCUUAUUUUUUUUUAAUUUAGUAGUGGUGCUAAUUAGAAGUGUUACAAGCAAAUCAAUUAUUUGCGCAUGCUCUUUGGUGUAAGCAAAUUUUGUUAGUAAUAUUGAGGGAAUAUUGAUAUUUUUUGUUAGCAAGGGUUAUAUAUAGUAAACAAGCAUACACAUAACAUACAAAUAUUACGCGUAGCUCUCUUACAAAGACGUCGAAACAUUUUUGUUAAAAAAAGCAAACGCAUGUAACAAAUUUUUACCAAAUUAAAAAUAAAAAUAUUAAAACCGCAAAAUAUGUUUAUAAAAUUAGUGCUCAGUAGAAGAAGAAUGUUGAUGAUCGGUCUUAAGGAAUACGUGUAUGUAUGUAUGUAGUAUAUGUGUAUGUUACAAAAUAAUAAUUUAAUAUGAAAUAGUUGUUAGAAUGCAAUGUUAAUAGCGGGGAAAAAGUGGGUAAACUAAAACAUAUACUUGUAAUAAGAAAAAUAUAUAUAAA